AUGAAUGGUCACCACAAAGACAACGGCGACCAGCUGAAGAAUUUAGAUGCUGCUGAUGAUGCAGACGAGCUGGAUGUAGACGAAGAGAUUCUGAAAGACACAGAAUGUGGUUUAGGAUCAUUCCGACCCAAAGGACUUCAGAUAUGUGCAAGAAUCGGAGCCUUUAUUGGAGUCUUCAGUGUGUCAGGUCUACUCACACAGACACUCACAACAUACGUGAACUCACAGGUAUCCAUGCUGGAGAAGCAGUUCGGGUUUAGCAGCGCCGAGUCUGGUCUACUGAUGAGCUGCAAUGACAUCGGCUUCUUGUGCUGCGCCCUGUUUGCCGGCUACAUUGCGAAAAAUGUCCACAUACCCCGUGGCCUAGGAUUCAGCACGCUUCUGUUCGGCGUAUGCGGCAUCACGUGCGCCUUGCCGUACUUUCUACAAGACCCGGAGUCCUAUGCUUUAAAGGGCAACACAAACGGGAAUGUGUCAAAGUCAAUCAGUUUCCGGUCAUCGGGCAAGGAGGCACCUAUGUGCCAGAACGGUACCCAGUUUACGGACGACACAAGCUGCGAAAUGGCAGGGGAUACCGCCGAGGCGAAUUAUGGUCGCGAAGAACUGCAUAUCAAAAGCGUCGCCUUUGCUUUGAUUGCUUUCGGAAUGUUCCUUCAGGGUGUGGGCAAAUCGUUUCGCUCGCCCUUCGUUACACUGUACAUAGAUGACGCUGUCGACAAACGGAAGACUGGCUACUAUAUGGGAAUCCUGAUAGGCACAAGUAUAUUCGGCCCUGCCUUGGCUUAUCUGCUUGGUGGAGUUUUUAGCAGAAUCUACAUCACAUUGGAAGCUGUCGACAUAUCUCCCAAAGACCCCCGUUGGCUAGGGGCAUGGUGGCUCGGAUUCCUAGUGUUCGGAGGUUUUGCCCUGAUAUUCAGCGUCCCAACCAUGUGUUUUCCGCGAUACCUGAAAUCCAAAAAACGGAAAGGGGAUCUAGUUGUUAUAUCGAAGGAAAGAAGACUGCAACGCGAGACGCAGGUGUCCGUUUGGAAAGCACUAUUUCUUGAAAUGAAAGCCUUGAGUUCGGUGAGUGCGGUAUCCUUGGGAACAUUUCUGGGUGGGGUAAUGACGAGGAAGAUUCCGAUGAUGCCACAAACAACGGUGAAGAUGUUGCUGAUAUUCUACACCGUCAACACCGUCUGUAUAGCAACCGGUUUCUUCCUGGGGUGUGAUCAGCCGAUGUUAGUUGGGGGUGGGCCCACGCAUAUUGGGAACGCUAGUAUGCCCCUGUACCGACAAAUACAAUCACACUGCGUUGAUGGCUGCACGUGUGACGACGAGCAAUAUUUUCCGAUCUGUGGCGACGACGGUCGGUCAUAUUUCAGCCCGUGUCAUGCCGGAUGUACUGGGAAAUCUCUAACGGAUUUCUUUAACUGCACGUGUAUCCCAAGCGGCCAUGCGGAGUCUGGCCUUUGUGACCAGGGUUGCAAUGGAAAGCUGUAUGCAUAUGCCGUCUUCACCUUUGUCGGAAAACUGUUUACAGCCUUUAAAAUAGUGCCCACUUUCAUAGCCCAGAUAAGGUGCGUUCAAGAAACGGACAGGGCUGCAUCAACAGCGUUCGCCAGCUUUGUAACCUCCGCUUUAGGAUGGAUGCCAGGGCCGAUUAUUUUCGGUGCAAUUAUCGACGACACCUGUCUGCUGUGGAAGUACACGUGUGGGGAACGUCAGUCAUGUCGCCUAUAUGACCUCGCCUACUUCCGGAACGCUAUCCUUGGUUAUAGCGUGAUAACGUCCGCACUGGCGACGUUGAUUCUUUCCUCGCUGUUCUUUUACUUCAGGUACAAAAACACGACGGAGUGGCAACAAGGUGCACAGAAAGAGGACCUUGCUGCAAAUGUUGAGUUAAUUGUGAAUACCGAUAAUGCUAAUGAUCCCAUUAAAGAACGUUGAGAAUUGGUCAUACACCCUUAUGUAAAGCAGAACAGUAUUUGUAUAUUUUAUAUAAAUGCUAUUUUUGUAAAGGCAACCGAAUUACCAAUUAGUAAACAAAAUACAAAAUAAUAGCACAAGUACGCUAUUACAGUGAACUGCCUUAGUAUACCUUCACACAGUGUCGUAGUGUUGAGGAUAUACGUGUUAUUUUGGUUAUUUUAAAAAACAUCUUGCUUUAGUUAUUCGGAUUACUGUUGUAUAUGCGCUGAAUAUAGUGUUCACGUUAUCUUACAUCUACAGACGUUCUCUAUAUCAUGUUUCCAUAUCGAACUAUGUUUGCUUGCUUUGUUAUUCAUAUUCGAUGGUUAUUCAUGUAUAUGAACAUGCGAUAUGUUAAAACGUUGAUAACUAAUGUUAAGUGUUCUAGUAAUAAACUAGAACAUGGUGACGGUCAUGAUUCAUAUUCGUUACCUCAUACUUAUACCAAGUAAUUAACAUUAAAAAUGAUUUAUGCACAUUCUUAAUGAACUUGUUUGUAUCAUUAUAAACUUCUUUUU